AUGGGCGACGACGCGCGACUCCCGACCCUCGCGACUCCCGACGCGGAGCUCGCGGAGGCGCGCUUCUUUCUCUCCGGGUGGACGCUGACGCGCUACGCGGAGCGAUACCGACGCGAGCAGCGCGCCACGACGACGACGACGACGACGACGACGACGCCCGCGGAGAGGUUCGAGCGCUCGACGCGCGAGGGCGACGGCGUGACGCCGCCGGAGCCGGACGUCGAGCUCGACGUCGAGCUCGACGUCGACGUCGACGUCGGCGGCGGCGCGUUCGGGUGGACGCCCGCGGGGCCGCCGACGACGCCCGCGCAGCGCGGCCGAGCCCGACGCCCUCGCGCGAGACGACGCCCUCGCGCGAAAGGCGUCUUGACCAUCCCUUCCUGCGCGACCGUGGGGCAAGCGUUGCGCGAGCUCGCCGCCGCGGACGUCCUCGCCGCGCCCGCGAUCGACGCCGCGACGGGGGACUACGCCGGGUGGAUCUCGUGCGGCGGCCUCGUCGCGCAGAUCCUGCGACAGCUGUACCCCGCGCUGACGGACCCGACGCUCUUCGCGCAAGACGACGUCGAGGCGGCGGUGGAAGACGCCGCCGACGACCAAGACGCGAACGCGAUGUGCUUUCGCGAGGCGUUCGACGUCGCGGCGUCGCGCGCGAGCGCGGAAGCCCGCGGAUUGUGGUCGAAGCUCGCGCGCGUGGGCGACGACGGCGACACGUGCUACGUCGGCUUCGCGGACACGACGCUGUUAGAUUUCGUGAGCAGAGGACUCGACGUUCGCGCGGCGGACAGGAAGCGAAUCGGCGACUUCGAGCCGUGUCACCGCAUCGGCGUGUUCGCCGAGCGCGAAGACGCGAGAGCCGCGUGCGAGGACCAAAAAAACGUCAAAGCCGGAGGCGUUUACGCGAAAGCGGAGGGCGCGGCCGUCGGCGGCGGCGGCGACGGCGACGAUGACGGCGACGACGACGACGACGACGACUCGCUGGAUAUCACCCUGGCGGACAUGCGUCCGAAGUGGAUCGCCGUCGUCGCGCAGCUCGACGUCGUCGACCUCAUGGUCGCGAACGAGGACCAGCUCGGGACGUACCCGCACGCGACGACGAUGCGGACGCUGGGAUUCGCAAACGCCACCGUCGGGGACCAAACCUGGGGCGUUUCCGCCGUUACGUCGGAUUUCCCCGUCGCAGGAUGCCUCGCGAUCAUGCGCAACGCCGAGGUCAGCGGCGUCGCCGUGCUCGACGAGGAGAGGCGAUUCCUGGUAGGUUCGCUGUCCGCGUCGGACGUUCGACGCGUCGUCGACGCGGACGAUCUCGCGCGAGCGCUCGAGGAGACAGCGUUGGAAUUCCUGAAGACGCGCGUCUGGUCGGAGGCGCGCGGGAAGCCGCCGAAGAAACCCCCGGGCGCGGACGCCGACGCGGAGGAGGAGGAAGAGGAAGAUGCGCCGGGAAAAGUCCUUAAGAAACGGCGUUCACCUCGCGAACGCGGUCGUAUGGGAACCAGUGUACAGGAGGAGGAAGAGGAAGAUGGAACGUCAACCGACGCCGCGAGAUGGCGCUCGAGGGUCGUCACGGCGACGCCGGACGCGUCGCUGAUGAGCGUCAUGCGCAAGAUGUCCGAGGCGAGGGUUCACAGGGUGUACAUCGCGGACACGCCGUACUCGCCCCCUCGCGGCGUGUGCACGUGCACGGAUGUCAUGAGAAUCUUCGCCGUGGAUCCCGGGUCGCCGGAGGGAAGCGCGAGGCUGACGUGGUGA